AUGUCGUCGAUCAGCAACGCGACGCCCGAGGACUGGUAUGUGAUCACCACCCUAGCCCUUCCCCACCUCCUAUAUGCCUACAUCUGGUUCAACAGCUCGACAUGGCUAAAAACGUUCGGAAAGAAGUCUGUUCAAAGAUUUGAAACAGCAGCUUGGCUCCUCAAGGUGCUGCAAUUCUCCUCGGUGAUCUACUGGUACAGCGUCAAAAAGCCUGAGGGAGUCAUCCUGGGGAGCAUUUCCCCCUUUGCGGCUGGCAUCUCCCUGGUCUUGCUGGCUGCCGGCCAGGCGCUGAACAUCGGCAUCUACCGCGCAAUCGGGCACGCCGGGGUGUAUUAUGGCUUCAAGCUGGGCCACAAGGUGCCCUGGGUGGAGGGCUUCCCCUUCAACGUCGUGUCCCACCCCCAGUACGUGGGCAGUGUGCUGAGCGUGUGGGCGGCUGCGAUCCUGGUGUGGGCCCAGGGGCCAGCAGGCCUGGGCUUGCUUGUGGCCUACUGGACCGGUCUGUAUGUCAUCACCGCCAUCCAGGAGUCCUGCUUCUGA